GCAGAUGGCUCUGUGGUUUCCUGGGGUCGCGCACUCUACUUCCCAAAUGGCCCUGAGACCUUCUCCGACGUGGUCAGCAUCACCACCAGCAUCCAUUCGUUUGCGGCCGUAAAGACGGAUGGGAGCGUGGUGGCCUGGGGUGGUCCAUCAGAAGGUGGCUCGAUAUCCGCUGUGGCCGCAGACUUGACCUCCGGUGUCAAGUCCAUUGUGUCCAGCAGCCAUGUCAUGGUGGCCGUGAAAGAUGAUGGGAGCGUCGUUGCAUGGGGGACCGGCUUUCGAGGCGCCGACAUCCCCGCGGCCGUGUCCUCCUCCCUCGCCAGCGGCGUGGACUACGUCGUCGCACCACCGGUUUACGAUGGCAGGGCUUUCGCUGCGAUCAAGUUCGACGGCACCGCAGUGAUGUGGGGCAACUUUGACGGCAUCGGAAGCUUUGGCUACACUUACAACAACGUGAGGGGUGCCGGCGCCGUGCUGUACCAGGACGGCACGGUGGACGCCGUCGGCCCAAGCAAUAUGGGCGGCGACGCCAGCGCUGUCUCCGGCCAGCUUACCGGUGUUACGGCCAUCUACCGAACGGCGCGAGCCUUCGCUGCGGUGAAAUCAGAUGGCAGCGUCGUUGCCUGGGGCGCCAGUGGCUACGGUGGCUCCAGCGAUUUCAGCUCUGUCGCAGCGAAUGCGGCAUGCUGCGUGCAGGAGCCAUGCGCCUGCGCCUGCACCCUUGGCCCCUUUAGUCCUUUAGCCUGCAAAGCCGCAGGAAAUCUUCGGGGGUGCCCAAGGCUUCGCAGCGCUGAAGGACGGGACUCGAGAAAUAGAGCCUCGGAUUCGCUUCUGUGA